UAAAGAGAAGAUCAUAGGCAUCAGGGGAGCAGGCUGUCUCUGCUGCUACUUGCAGGGAGGAUAACUUCUCAGGGACCUGUAACUAACUUUGCCUUAGUUGUGAUAUAAGGUACACCACUAAACUUCCCAUACCUAAGAAAAGAAAAUGCCACAGAAUGUGGUUUUGCCUGGACCUGCACCCUGGGGAUUCAGGCUAACUGGGGGCAUUGACUUUAACCAGCCACUGGUUAUUUCAAGGAUCACCCCAGGAAGUAAAUCUUCCGUUGCUAAUUUAUGUCCUGGAGAUGUAAUACUAGCAAUUGAUGGACAUAGUACGGAGGCCAUGACACAUGCAGAGGCACAGGACAGGAUUAAAGCUGCAACAGACCAACUCUGCCUGAAGAUUGACAGAGUGGAGACCAGGAUGUGGUCUCCACAAAUUUGUGAAGAUCCUUAUCAAAUUAACCUUGAAGCUGAACCACAGGAGUUCAAACCUAUUGGCACAGCUCAUAACCGAAGAGCACAACCAUUUGUAGCAGGAGCAAACAUUGGUGACAAAAAACAGGUAGUGAGUUCCUCCUAUAAUACCCCAAUUGGACUAUAUUCAUCUGGCAACAUCAAAGAUGCAUUCCAUGGACAGAUGAGGGGUCUUGUCCCUAAUGCAGAUCAAAUUGGAAGCAGCACCCCUUCAGGCUUUGACCCUGGCAGUGGACGUAGCACUCCUUCCACAGCAAGCACUGUUGGAACUAUAGAUCCUGGAGAGCUCAAAGCUGCCUCUAGAUGUGCACCUAACAUUCCCUUGGAAAUGGAGCUCCCUGGUGUCAAGAUUGUUCAUGCCCAGUUUAAUACACCAAUGCAACUCUAUUCUGAUGACAAUAUUAUCGAAAGCCUUCAAGGGCAGGUGUCCUCCAUCCUAGGGGAGAAACCAAUAGCAAGUGAUCCAGUACCUCCCUCUGUGCCUCAGUCAGAUGUAUAUCGGCUCCUUCAUGAUGACACAGAACAUGAAAGCAGGCCCAAGCAGUCUGGCUCCUUCAGGGUACUGCAGGACAUGGUUGAUGAUGAUGCUGAACGUCCUACAGGUACAAGAAGCGUUAGAGCUCCAGUCACAAACCCCCACGUAGGAGGUGCAGCUGUGCAGAAAGUUCCACUGUGUGACCGAUGUGGAAAUGGAAUAGUAGGCACUGUGGUGAAGGCCCGAGACAAGUUCCGUCACCCUGACUGCUUUGUAUGUGCAGACUGCAACCUAAACUUGAAACAGAAAGGAUACUUCUUUGUGGAUGGCCAGUUGUACUGUGAAGCCCAUGCAAGAGCACGGAUGAGACCACCAGAAGGAUAUGACGCAGUUACUCUCUACCCAAAGGCUUAAAUAGCUGUUAGCUUUAACACAAUGCUUAUAUGCAAGUCCUUCAUAUUUUAGGAAU